AUGAGUUCACUUAUUUCUUCCCUCCUUUGCCGCUCUACCUUAGUUGUUACCCUUUGCUUUCUUCUUCUUCUUCUUCUUUCUCCAGCCUCUUCCCUUCGCCAGCUGGAGCCUCCAAGUUCCCCUGAUCGGGUUAGCAUUCAAGAGAAAACAAGGUUGGGAUCAACUCCUCCAAGUUGCCAUAACAAAUGCAACGGAUGUCACCCUUGCAUGGCAGUCCAAGUACCUACAUUACCGAGCCACCACCGAUUUCAACCAGGUUUGAGCAAAGCAAUCACUAAUCAAUACUCCAAUUACAAGCCUCUUGGUUGGAAAUGCCGAUGUAGUGAUCACUUUUACAACCCUUAA